CCCUGCAUGUAAAUAUUAUGCAUGGAGGGAAUAUUUAUUUCGUUUAUUUGUUUAUCAUUCAUAAAUAAUUGCAAAUAAUUACAUUUUUUUUAAUGUAAUUUUAAUAAUAUAGAAUAUAAUUAAUAUUUUCUGAUAUAAUGAAAGGAAAUUAAAUAUUAUAUUUACAACUGUCAAAGAAGUUUCUGCCGUUAUAACCUUAAAAAAAUAUAUAUACGUAUACACAAUGAAUUCGAAAUCUAUGUUUUUGAUGCCAGGUGACACAUUUUGGCAAGAAGAUAAAGUUGAUGUAAAUCCACAUGAUUCUACGCAAUUUGUUUAUAAUGCACAUCAUUCUUUGUCGCUGGAUGUACAACGUCAAAGAUUACCAAUAUUUAAAAAUAUGAGGCACAUUAUUUAUCUAUUAGAAAAAUAUCAAACUUUAGUUUUAGUCGGUGAAACAGGUUGUGGAAAAAGUACUCAAAUACCGCAGUAUCUCGUUCAAGCAGGAUGGGCAUCUGAUAGAAAAAUGAUUGGAAUUACUGAACCUCGAAGAAUAGCGGCUACUACGUUAGCAAGUCGUGUUGCCGAAGAACGAGGAUGUAUGUUGGGCACAGAAGUUGGAUAUUGUAUUCGUUUCGAUGAUUGUUCAAAUGAAAACACAAAAAUAAAGUACAUUACUGAAGGUAUAUUAUUACGAGAAAUGAUGAGCGAUCCAUUGCUCACAAAAUAUUGUGUCAUUAUAAUGGAUGAAGUACACGAAAGAACAGUGUUGACCGAUAUAUUAAUGGGUUUAUUAAAAAAAAUACUAAAAAAACGAAAAAGUCUAAAAGUUAUUAUAUCAUCGGCAACAGUUGACGCUGAAGAACUUCGAGAUUUUUUCAAUUUAAAUACAAGCAAGAAUUCAAAAGAUAAUACAGCAACUGUUAUGAGUGUCGAGGGUCGUUUACACGGUGUUGAUAUUUAUUAUUCUCAAGAACCAGUCGCUGAUUAUGUUCAAUCAGUCGUUGACACAGCAUUAAAUAUACAUAAGACUGAAGAAGCUGGAGAUAUUUUGGCUUUUCUCACUGGAUUAGAUGAAGUAGAUAAGGCUGUUUCUCUCUUAUCUGAACAUGCAAAACUAAUAAAAGAUGGAGAACAUCAAUUAUUACCAUUAGCAAUGUAUGGUUCACUUCCAAAUACAGAACAACUUAAAGUCUUUUGGAAAGCACCGAAAAAUACUAGAAAAAUCAUUGUUGCAACAAAUAUUGCAGAGACUUCAAUUACUGUACCAAAUGUCGUUUAUGUUAUUGAUAGUGGUUUUGUGAAAUUACCAUGGUUUGAUUCGGAAACUUUAAGCAAUAGUCUUGUGGUUGCUCCUAUUUCUAAAGCUUCAGCAGAUCAACGAUUAGGUCGAGCCGGUCGCGUUAGAGCUGGACGUGUGUAUAGACUUUACACUGAAAAUGCUUAUAAUGAAUUAUCUGAUUCGACUCCACCGCAAAUGCAACGUACGGAUUUAUCGUCAGCAAUUUUACAACUUAAAGCAUUGGGCAUUGAUAAUAUAUUACGAUUUAAUUUUCCAUCAUCGCCACCGAGUAAAAAUCUUCUCGCUGGAUUAGAAUUAUUAUAUGCAUUGGGAGCAAUUAAUAAUAAUGGAGAAUUAACGAGUGACGUUGGAUUCACAAUGGCCGAAUUGCCACUUGAGCCUAUUUUUGCAAAAUGUCUUAUUUCAUCGGGGGAAAUGGGAUGUUCAGAGGAAAUAACAACUAUUUUGUCAAUGCUUCAGGUGCAAAAUAUUUUUGUGAGACCAGCAAGUGGUGAUAAAUCAUUAAAGGCACGUGUUGCUCAUCGUUUAUUUCAAGUGCACGAAGGUGAUUUAAUAACACUUUUAAAUGUCUAUUCUGCCUAUGAGGAAAAUAAAAAUGGUAGUUGGUGUCAAAAGAAUUUUCUCAAUUAUAAAGCAUUACGAAGAGCAACGGAAAUUCGUUUGCAAAUGAGACAACAAUUGAAGAAACUCGAUAUUCCUCUAACAAGUUGUAAUGGUAAUACUCAAGUUAUUUUAAGAUGCUUAACAACGGGACUUUUUCCAAAUGCAGCCUAUCUUCAUUAUUCAGGAGUAUAUAAAACUGUUCGCGGAAAUAAAGACUUGUAUAUUCAUUCAACUAGUUGUUUAUACACAAUGCAACAGCCGCAAUGGUUAUUAUUUUGUGAAAUUGUACAAACACAUAAAACUUUUAUGAGAGAAUUAACUGUAAUUAAUUCCGAGUGGUUGACAGAAUUGGCUCCUCAUUUUUAUGAAAGAAGAAAAUUCGACAAUGUAUAAAAAAAUAAUAAUAAUAAUAAUAAUAAUUAUGUAUACAAUUAUUUAUAAUAUAAUAAUUUUGUAAAUUUACUAUGUAAAUAAAACGCAUUUUUUUUGUUUAUUU